UUUUUUUCUUCUCUCAUGCCGUCCUCUCUCUAGGGUUUCACUUCCUCGUCUUUUGUCUCGAUCGUGAGCUCGGCGCUUGGAGGAGAGAGCGAGCGAGAAGGGUGCAGAACGAGAGCGAGAUAGGGAGGCAUGGGGGUUCCGGCGUUCUACCGGUGGCUGGCGGAGAAGUACCCGAUGGUGGUGGUGGACGUGGUGGAGGAGGAGGCGGUGGAGAUCGAUGGCGUCAAGAUUCCCGUCGAUACCUCCAAGCCCAACCCUAAUGGCAUGGAAUACGAUAACCUCUACCUUGAUAUGAAUGGUAUCAUCCAUCCCUGCUUCCACCCUGAGGAUCGACCUGCUCCAACUACCUUUGAUGAGGUAUUCCAGUGUAUGUUUGAUUACAUUGACAGACUUUUUGUUAUGGUUCGCCCUCGGAAACUUCUAUACAUGGCAAUUGAUGGUGUUGCACCGAGAGCUAAGAUGAACCAGCAGCGCUCCAGGCGAUUUAAGGCAGCAAAAGAUGCAGCAGAUGCGGCAGCUGAAGAAGAUCGGUUACGUCAAGAGUUUGAGAAGGAAGGCAGAAAGCUUCCUCCAAAACUGGAAUCACAACUUUUUGAUUCCAAUGUUAUCACUCCUGGGACUGAAUUUAUGGAUGUUUUAUCGAUUGCACUACAGUAUUAUAUUCAUUUGAGACUAAAUUAUGACCCUGGAUGGAAACAGAUCAAAGUUAUCCUUUCUGAUGCAAAUGUUCCUGGCGAAGGGGAACACAAAAUUAUGUCAUAUAUUCGCCUGCAACGAAAUCUACCUGGUCACAAUCCAAAUACUCGGCACUGUUUAUAUGGUUUGGAUGCAGAUCUGAUUAUGUUAGCUUUGGCAACGCAUGAAGUGCAUUUUUCAAUCUUGAGAGAGGUCGUGUUCACUCCUGGACAGCAAGACAAGUGCUUCUUGUGUGGUCAAAUGGGCCAUUUGGCUGCAGAUUGCCAGGGAAAUGCAAAAAGAAAAGUUGGAGAAUUUGAUGAGAAGAAUGAAGAUGUGGCUGCUGCAAAAAAGCCUUUCCAGUUUCUUCAAAUCUGGACUCUUCGGGAGUAUUUAGACUAUGAAUUCAGAAUUCCUAAUGCUCCUUUUGAGAUUGACUUUGAGCGCAUAGUUGAUGAUUUUAUCUUCAUGUGCUUCUUUGUGGGCAAUGACUUUCUGCCACACAUGCCAACUUUAGAAAUUCGUGAGGGUGCAAUAAAUUUAUUAAUGGCUGUCUAUAAGAAAGAGUUUAGGGCAAUGGGUGGCUAUUUGACAGACUCAAGCAAGCCAAAUUUGGGCAUAGUAGAGCAUUUUAUUCAGGCAGUUGGAUCAUAUGAGGAUAAGAUAUUUCAGAAAAGAGCUCGGUUGCAUCAGCGCCAAGCUGAAAGAAUAAAACGUGAAAAGGAACAAGCUAAACGAGGAGAUGAUGUAGAGCCACAAGUCAAACCUGAGCUUAUAGUGCCUGUUGCUCGUUUUCAAGGUUCACGUCUUGCAUCUGGUGCUUUGCCUUCACCAUAUGACCAGAGUGGAUCUUCAAACAGGUCAGAAAAGACAAAAAAGGAUAACCAAGUUAGACAAGCUACUACUGCCAUGCAAGUGCUUAAUAUUAAGUCUAAUCAGUAUAAUACGUAUCAUAGUAAGGGAACAAAUUUUCGAGCCCAAAAGGUAGCACGCAUUUCAUCUGAAGGAGCAACUGUUGGUGCUGCUAUUGUGGAGGCUGAGAAUAGUCUUGAAAUAGAAAUACGGGAAAAUAAGGAGGAGUUGAAAACAAAACUUAAGGAAAUGCUUCGUGAGAAAUCGGAUGUUUUUAACUCUGAAACUCCAGAUGAGGACAAGGUAAAACUGGGAGAGCCAGGAUGGAAAGAAAGAUAUUAUGAAGAAAAAUUUUCUGCAAAAACUCCUGAAGAAAUUGAAGCAGUGCGAAGAGAUAUUGUCAUAAAGUACACAGAAGGCUUGUGUUGGGUUAUGCACUAUUACUAUGAAGGGGUUUGCUCAUGGCAAUGGUUUUAUCCUUACCAUUAUGCACCUUUUGCAUCUGACCUGAAGGAUUUAGGUCAAUUGAAUAUAAGCUUUCAACUUGGUGCACCUUUUAAACCUUUCAAUCAGCUAAUGGGGGUGUUUCCAUCUGCAAGUUCCCAUGCUCUUCCUUUGCACUAUAGGCGAUUGAUGACUGAUCCAAACUCUCCCAUAGUUGAUUUCUAUCCAACUGGUAAUGUUUUAUAUUCACAUCGUGGUCUUUACUCUUGUUUAAGAUCUAAGACAUUUCUUGUGCUUUUACUCUGUUGGCCAGAUUUUGAGGUAGAUAUGAAUGGGAAGAGAUAUUCUUGGCAGGGUGUUGUAAAACUGCCUUUUAUUGAUGAGGGUCGGUUACUUGCUGAGAUUGAAAAAGUGGAGCAUACUUUAACGGAGGAGGAAGUGCGUCGAAACAGUAUCAUGUCUGACAUGCUUUUUGUAAAUGUUUCUCACCCUCUCUCUCCAUAUAUAUUUUCUCUUAGUAGCAAUUCUGGACAACUGUCAGAGAAAGAGCGUGCUGAAGUGAAAGAAAAACUUGACCCUGGAGCCAGCGGUGGAAUGAAUGGAUAUUUGUCCCUUUGUGAUGGAGAUCCAUGCCCUCCUGUCUUCAGGUCUCCUGUUAAAGGAAUGGAAGAUAUAAUGGAUAAUCAAGUCAUAUGUUCUGUAUACAAACUUCCGGAUGCACAUAAACAUAUCACUAAACCACCACAAGGUGUCAUUUUCCCAAAGAAGACUGUUACGGCUGGUGAUUUGAAGCCACCACCUGUCCUAUGGCACGAAGAUACUGGCAGGAAGCCAUUUGAAAAUGGAAGGCAAAAUCCUCCAGGGACUAUUUCAGGCCGACAACUUGGAGCAGCAGCUCAUCGGCUCGUCAUGAACAGUUUACAGAUUAGUGCAGACCGUAAUGGUGGUGAAGCAAGUUAUGCUCCACCAUCAUAUGAGAUGGCGGCAAAUGGUGGACUAUAUUCAAAUGGCAGAGACCAUUUUAUAGACCGGCGAACAGCUGUUGGGGUAGACCAUCAAGUUAGUAAUGCACAGUGGUAUGGUCCUGGUAACCAUUUAGGUAACAGUCAUGGGCAGUGGUAUGCUUCUUCGAUGCCGAAUCAUCAUCAAUAUGAAAGAUCUGUAUCACAUCACUAUGAAAGAGAUCAACAGGUUAGGUCGCAUUAUACCGCAAAUGGAAGACACAGCCAACCUGAUGUGAGAGGAAGAGUUCCUGUGCAAAGCUAUCCUCAAAAUGGAGGUUACCCUUAUCAUUCAGUAAAUAGAUCUGCAGCACCACCACCAAUUCCAGGACCCUAUGGUCAUCCAGGGGCUGUAUAUCAUGGUGGCUAUGGGGGCUAUCCAAAUUAUGGAGCAGAGCAGUGGGAGCAACGGCGUGAUCCCAGGAGGGGGCUCCUGUCAUCUCAACCUGCAGUUGGAAGAGGUUAUACGCAUAACCAACAAAGUACUAAUCGUUUUGCAGCUUUAGAUAGAGGCUCAAACCGAAGGCCUCCACCACCACCAGGGUAUGGCCGAUAUUAGGUUUAUACUCGACAUCAGCGCUUUGGGUGCGCCAACGUCAUGUGGGUAAUGUUGUAAGAUAGCAGAUCAUCCAAUUUUAGUCAAGGCUUCUCUUAUUUAGGCAAUUUGCUUGUCUGUAUUCUGCUGUUAGCUCUGAAUCGCCAUCAGUAGUGUUCCUUCUGAAAAAUCAGCGAGGCUUAUAUUUUAGUAUUAUUUGGGAUGCCACCUUAAAUUGGUCUGGCAUCAUCUCCAUGUCUCUUGUUUCUUUUGAUAAAAUUGAUUUGUUCUCCAUAAUGAAGUAUGCUUAUGUUAAUCAAUCAUAUCUUUACAGGCCUGCAUGGUGAGGCUUAUGUUAA